AUGGCCAAAUCUAAUAUCCCACAACCUCGAACCAUCCCGCUGCUGGGUAAUAUUAAGGACAUUGAUAUGGAUUACCCGUUAGGAUCUAUGCUCCAUCUUGCAAGCAAGUACGGGCCAAUAUACAGAUUAUCCAUCGGUGGCACUAAAUUGGUGAUCGUUUCUUCAUAUGAGCUUGUUCAUGAGGUUUGUGACGAUGACAGAUUCCAAAAAUCCAUCCAAGGUGAUCUUGAGGAACUGAGGGCCGUUGUGCAUGAUGGACUUUUUACAUCCUCUGGAGAAGAGGAAAAAAACUGGGGGAUUGCACACCGUGUUUUAAUGUCUGCUUUUGGACCAAUGUCUAUCCGUGGAAUGUUUGAUGAUAUGCACGAGGUAGCAAGUCAACUUACCCUAAAAUGGGCGCGUUAUGGAUCAUCUACACCGAUUUCAGUGGGGGAGGACUUCACGCGUCUUACUCUUGAUACGGUUGCACUCUGCUCUAUGGGGUUCCGAUUCAACUCAUAUUACCGAGAUGAUAUGCAUCCGUUUAUUAAAGCAAUGUACGCUGUGCUAAAAGCAGCCGGAGAGAGGAACAUGCGCGUCCUACCAUCCUAUCUUCACAAAUCAGCGGAUCGCAAGUUUCAGUCCAAUAUUGACAUCCUGCGAUCAACUGCUGGUCAGGUCUUAGCAGCCAGGCAAAAAUCCCCGGAAGCCACUGGUGAUCUUAAGGAUCUUCUGAACGCCAUGCUCAAUGGCGUGGACCCUAAGACUGGCUGCAAAAUGACAGAGCAGAGCAUCAUUGACAAUUUAAUUACAUUUCUUGUUGCGGGCCACGAAACCACAGCCGCCACGCUCUCAUUUACUAUGUACCAAUUAGUCACAAAUCCCGAGAUUUAUCGCAAGGUCCAAGCUGAGAUUGAUGGUGUCGUGGGGAGCGGGCCAGUAAAGAUAGAUCAUAUUGGAAGGCUAAAGUACUUGGCCGCGGUCAUUCGAGAAACUUUAAGAUUUAACGCACCAAUUUCAGCAUUUGCCAGAGAGGCCACCAAAGAUGAAACUAUUGGAGGCAAGUACGGGGUCAAGGCUGGUGAACAACUCGUCUGCCUACUAGCGAAAUCCCACCUUGAUCCAAGUGUUUAUGGUGACACCGCCUGCGAAUUUGAUCCAGAGAGGAUGAUGGAAGACAACUUCAACCGCCUAAUGAAAGAAUAUCCGCACUGUUGGAGCCCCUUCGGUACGGGAUUACGAAGCUGCAUUGGGCGACCUUUUGCCUGGCAAGAAAUGAUUCUCGCACUCGCUAUGCUUAUGCAAAACUUCAACUUUGUUAUGGACGACCCGUCUUAUUCGCUAGUCAUACAAGAAACUCUAACUAUCAAACCCAAAGACUUCAAAAUUCGGGCGAUACCUCGAGGCGGCAUUACACCUUUCCAAUUAGAAGCACGGCUGGCUGGAGCUUCCGGUGCCAGUACACAAGGGUCACUAACCACCCUGGAUCAACCUUUACUUACUAAGAAAUCAGCAAGUCCAUCGAAUAACGUGGAUACAGUGAGUGACGGCGCGAGACUGAAAAUAUUUUAUGGGUCUGAUUCUGGAACUUGUGAAUUUAUGGCCCAGAGAUUGGCAAAUGAUGCUUCCUCUCAUGGCUUCAAGGCCGCGGUGGACACAUUAGACGCUGCCAGAGAAGCACUCCCAAUCGACGGACCAGUUAUCAUUAUCACAUCUUCGUAUGAAGGGCAACCGCCACAUAACGCUGGUCACUUUGUCGACUGGAUCCAGAAUAUAAAUGGAGAAAAGUUCAAUGACGUUGCUUAUGCUGUUUAUGGCUGCGGCCAUUCCGAUUGGGCGAAGUCUUAUCAUCGCAUUCCUCGGCUCGUGGAUGUCUCUCUAGAGAGACUCGGUGCUCGUCGGAUUGUUCCAAUGGGCACCACUAAUGCCAAGGAUAGAGACAUGUUUAGUGAUUUUGAGUCCUGGGAGGAUGAAGUUCUCUGGCCUGCAAUCCAAAAACAGUUCGGGGGAUGUACGGAGAAUGAUAAUACCCCCGUGUCUGGACUUUCUGUUUCCUUCUCGACUCCCAGAGCUUUAACUCUCCGCCAGGACACCAAGGAAGGCUGCGUGGUGGCCACUCGUACUCUUGUGUCCAACGAAUCAGCCGUCAUAAAGAAGCAUAUCGAGGUACGACUACCGAGUAAUGUAACUUACUCCACAGGCGAUUAUCUCGCCGUGCUUCCUUAUAACCCAAAGGAAGCUGUAUCACGAGCCAUACGUCGCUUCAACUUGGCAUGGGACUCCCAUGUUAUCAUCAUGGCAUCGGAACCAACUACCCUCCCGACGGAUACCAGUAUCCCUAUUUCCACUCUGUUAACAUCAUACGUGGAACUUGGCCAACCGGCGACCAAACGGAAUAUUCUUAGUCUUCAUAGUAUUGCCGAGGAUAACCAGACAAAACAGGAACUACAUCAUCUAGCCACUGAUGCAUAUGAUUCAGAUAUUAGGCUCAAACGUGUCUCUAUACUUGACAUUAUUGAGCAAUUUCCAGACCUUCCAAUCCCCUUCAACCAUUUUCUCCUCCUACUCCCCCCAAUGAGAGUACGAAAAUACUCAAUCUCAUCCUCUCCACUAUCGAACCCCACAAGAGCAACCAUAACCUACUCGGUAAUAGAUAGGCCUGCGUUAUCUGGAAAUGGUCGGUAUAUUGGUGUUACAUCAUCAUAUCUGUCGUCACUUUCACCUGGUGAUCGACUUCAAGUCUCUGUCCGCGCUGGCCAAGGUGGGUUCCGUAUGCCAGCUGACUCGAGUAGAACACCCAUAAUCUGCAUCGCUGCAGGUACUGGCAUUGCUCCAUUUCGGGCGUUUAUUGAAGAGCGUUUCAUUAUUCUUAGAAGCGGACGCCCGCUUGCCCCAGCAGUUCUGUUUUACGGCUGUCGAAACCCAUUGGAUGACGAUUUGUACUAUGAUGAGUUCAGUGGGUGGGAAGCUGCUGGCGUUGUCACUAUUUUCCGGGCAUACAGUCGUCAACCCGAAGCUUCCCUCGGAUGUAAAUAUGUACAACACCGCAUUUGGCGUCAACGAGAGUAUGUCGCGGAUCUGUGGGAAAGCGACGCCAAAAUCUUUGUUUGCGGCUCUAAUAAGAUGGCAGAGGGUGUUAGGGAGAUUUUGAUUCAAAUUUUGUUGGAUAAACUUAAAACAAAGGGGGUGUCGAUGGGAGAGAAGGAAGCCGCCGAGUGGUUCGAACGUGUUAGCAACGAGCGAUAUGCUAUUGAUGUGUUUGACUAG